AUGGGACUAGGUCACAUCAUCAACCUCACUGAUGACAACAUAAUCAACAAGAAUCACCAUGAAUAUAUUCAUGUUGAUUCACUCGCGCAGGUUUUCUCUGAAGCAAUGGUUGAGGAUGAAUUGGCUCUGACCCUAGAGGAUGGGGUCAGGUAUGAUGCAAAUGGGGAACCUAUCCCCAAGGUUAAGUGGGACGUUGAGGAGCCUAGAGUUCAAGACGAGGUGAUCAAGUUGCUAGAUUGUGGGGUGAUCUACCCCAUUUCUGAUAGUAAGUGGGACAUGCCCUUUGUGUUCAAUGAGGAUUGCAAGAAGGCGUUUGAAAAGCUCAAGGAGUUGUUGACCACGGCCCCCAUCAUAUGCCCUCCAGAUUGGAGUCUACCCUUCAAGCUUAUGUGUGAUGCAUCGGACUAUGCUGUUGGUGCUGUGUUGGGCCAGAGGAAGGAUAAGAAGCCCUAUGCUAUUUACUAUGAGUUUGACCUAGAGAUCAAGGACAAGAAGGGCAGUGAGAAUGUUGUGGCGGACCAUUUGAGUAGGAUAAUACAUGAGGAAGACAUCCAGCCCCUACAGGAAACUUUCCCAGAUGAGCAGCUCUUUGGGAUAGAGGUUAGUGUGCCCUGGUAUGCGGACAUAGUUAACUAUUUAGUCACUAGGACAUUUCCUGACACACUUUCCAAAGCUAAGUUCUUGAAAAUGGCUAGGCACUUUAUUUGGGAUGAGCCCUAUUUAUGGAAACAUUGUAGUGACCAAGUCAUUAGGAGAUGUGUCCCAGAGUCUGAGCAUAGGUCAAUUCUGUCAUUUUGCCAUAGUGAGGCUUGGGCUGUGGACUAUGUAUCAAAGUGGGUGGAAGCAAAAGCCACCAGGACUAACGAUUCAAAAGUGGUUGCAGGUUUCUUGAAAACUAACAUAUUUUCCAGGUUUGGAGUGCCACGUGUGCUAAUCAGUGAUGGAGGUUCUCACUUUUGCAACCGUACAAUAGAGGCUUUGCUGAAGAAGUAUGGGGUAACCCAUAAGGUGUCAACGCCCUACCACCCUCAGACCAGU